AUGGAUGAAUAUGAUUUUGUAUAUAAAGAGGAAGUAGAUUUUGAUAGAGCUUUGGAUGAGAUGGAUUCAAAAUCUAAAUACAAUAAGGUUCUAAGUAUCUUUAAAGAAGGUAAAGAUCGUUCCAAAGCCUUUAAAAAUGGAGCACAACUUAUUUUACAUUUUGCUAAAACUUUUAAAAACUUUGAUCUAUGUGACUUCAGAGGUGCAGUUCAUAAAUCUCGUGCUCAAUACAAAGAAAUCAUAUAUAAAUCUGAUGAAGACAAAAAGUAUAUGUUUUUCUUAUAUCUUGAACUUAUUAAAGAAUCCACAAGGAUGACAAAAAUUCAAUUUUUUGACAACAUUUGGAAAACAGGUGAACUAAGUGAUUAUAUUCCUUUUUUCAUUUAUUUUGGAAGGAUUUUUGCCACUGAGUCUGAGCUUUGUGACUUAAAAACGGUAGUAAAUUGUGCAAAAAUUGGAUUAGGGGAGGGAUUUAAAGAUGUAGAGGAGUUAGUUAAGUUUGAAAAUCUGGCCAAUUCUGGCUUAAAUCCUCAAGUGCCAAUCGUCUACCAUUUGUUUAAGGAACAUAAAGAUGUAUCGUAUGUUGAAGUUUUUUUGUCAAAGUAUAAGAAUGUUCUUUAUCCUGAUUUUGAUAAAGUUGAAGAUUGUUGUGAAGGAAUAAUUGAUAAAAUUGACGAAAAAAAUUCUCCCAACUUAUCUUUUAAUUCGCCUAUUGACUCAUCCGAGGGUAAGGAAAAUGUCUCAUUAGACAUAAGUCGUUCCACGAUUAUAAAUUUUACCGAUAACGUUCUCAAAGAGCCGUCAUUUUUAAAGGAUGAAGGUAAAAAGAAGUUAGGAGAUACUUAUAAUUUAGAAACGAUUUCAUUUUGUACUAAUAUUUCAAAUAAACUUGUUAGUGCUUUUUCUGAAACAUUACCUCCACAAGAUGCUUCGUCAAUUGCAGGAUUUACUCUUGAUUCAACUUUGCCACCUCCAGAGUUUUUUACGCCAAAACCAGUAGAUUUAAAGCGUACCAGGAGUGAUGUUUUACUUGCAGAAAAAAAAACGUUUCAAGAUAAAGAGUUUUCAGUUUUUGAAGAUGAAAAUUUAACACGAACUCAGGUAUAUGUAGAUCAGACUGGUGAUAUAGAUGAUAUUUUAGAGGAUGAUGUAGGUCGUUCUCCAUUGAGGAAGAAAACUAAUUAUAUGAGGAAUCAUACUGACUUAGUCGGUAAUAUUUCAACAGUCAUAGAAGAGGAAGAUAUUUUAAUUGAAAAUUCAGUUGAGAAAUCUGUCGAAGAAGAUGUAAUGGAUGUUGAAGAAAAAACUUACGAACAUAUUCCUGAAGUUCCUGAAACUCCAAAGGCUUCUGAGAUUCUUGUAGUCCCUGAAACUUCCAAUAAUAAAGAAGUUCUUGAGGUUCCUGAAAUUCUUGGACAUCUUGAGGUUCCCCAACUUUCUGGAGACUAUGGCGUUCCAACGGUUUCUGAUACCUCCGAACCUUCUAAAAUUGUUGAGGUUCCUGAAAUCCCUGAGAUUCCAGACGUUCCUAAGGUCGUUGAAUCAUCUUUUCAAUCACCUAAUGAUACUAAGGAUUCUAAGUUUUAUACAAGCGACGUUAUUAGUAGUGGAAAGAGAAGUAACGAUGGAAGCGUAAAUUCAUUUGAUUUUAAAGGCUCAUUUACAAUUCCAACAAAAGCUGAUGAAGACACAGUUACACUUAAAGCUCAGAAAAAUGCUCCAAGACCGUCGUUAAUGACAGCUUCAACUCCAUGUAGAGGAAGCCAACCAAUGCAAAUGGAUGAGUGUUCAUUUUAUCUUGAUUUAUCAGAAAUAAAGGGAGAUGAUGAAGAUCUUAUUUCUAAACCUAUUGUUGAAGAAGAGAAAUGUUCAUUAUUUGCAGAUAAAGAUGUUACUAUUCAAGCUCCGUUACAAACAUCUGGAGUUCAUCUUUUAUCUCCAUCAAAUCUCAAUGCAACUGAAGAGCCGCCCAAAGCCAAAAAUGAAGAAUUUCUUUUUGAUGUAUCGGAUUCUCAUGUCAGUGAAAGUAAUGCCAGCGUGGAUAUUUUCCAAUUCAUUAACAAUAAAAGUCAAAGUGAUGAAAUAUAA